AUGGCUCCCGUGUCUCGGUCUCGCUAUCCCGAGCACUCCGCAGGCUCUCGGAGACGCAGCCGCAGCCGCAGUUCGUCGGGAAGCCCCUUGACGGACAGACGCCACCCUCGAAGUGGUGGCUCCAGCUCCCUGUCCCGUGAGGACCUCAGGCCUCAGGGGGGUGGAUCCGGAGUCAGUGCUGCUUACACUCUUAGACGCGCUGAGGCGCGGGAACGACCCCCUGGGCCUCACAACUACGUCUUCUCAUUCUCCUCGUCUGUCUCUUGUGGCGGACACCGGUACCAUUCCCAGCCCUAUACCGGAUACCGGUACUGGGCUGAAGACAGCGAACAGGAGGAGAAUUACAGGCAGAGGAGGCUGAAAGAGAGAGAGAGGAUUGGGGAGCUGGGAGCCCGCGAGGUAUGGGGACUGUCACCAAAAUACCCUGAGCCCGACUCUGAUGAACACACCCCCGCUGAAGAUGAAGUCAAGACCCAGAAGAGCAGCAGUUCAGACUCGAGCCAGGAAGAAGGGAAAAAGAAAAAGAGCAGUCAUUCAAAAAACAAGAGAAGAAGAAAGAAAAAGUCAUCCAAAAGAAAACGUGGGCGGUAUUCUGAUAAUAGUGACAGCAAUUCAGACUCUGACACUAAUUCUAGCUUUGGUGAUGACAGAAAGAGAGCUAGAAAGGUCAAGAAAAAGAAACACAGAACCAAGAAAAAGAAGAAGAAGACUAAAAAAGAAUCCAAUGAGUUAACUUGUAAGGAUUCAGAAAGAGAGUUGCCAGAAAAUAUGUGGACUGACCAGUCAAAGGUCUUGGAGACCACGGGUUUAAUAGGCCCAGAAGCACCGGUAACAUACUUCUCUCAGGACGAGAAGCCUUUGAACUAUGGACAUGCACUGCUACCAGGUGAAGGUGCAGCCAUGGCAGAGUAUGUGAAAGCUGGGAAGCGUAUUCCACGAAGAGGAGAAAUUGGGCUGACAAGUGAAGAGAUAGCAUCAUUUGAAAGCUCAGGUUACGUCAUGAGUGGGAGCAGACAUCGCAGAAUGGAGGCUGUACGACUCAGGAAGGAGAACCAGAUCUACAGUGCUGAUGAGAAAAGGGCCCUUGCGUCCUUUAACCAAGAGGAGAGACGGAAGAGAGAGAAUAAGAUUCUAGCCAGUUUCCGAGAGAUGGUGUAUCGGAAGACGAAGGGGAAAGAAGAUAAAUAA